AUGUCAGCAAUUGCUCAAUUAGUUGAAAAAACAAUCGCAGAGAACGUUAUCGCUGUAUUCUCUAAGGCCUAUUGUCCAUUCUGUACUCGCACUAAGAGCUUAAUAUCAACACUCCCAGUUAAGAAGGAAGAUGUGGCUAUUUUAGAGUUAGACCAAAUGUCCAAUGGCUCAGAUAUACAAGAUUACCUUCACAAGAAGACUAAUCAGAGAUCUGUUCCAAACGUUUUCGUUAAACAGCAGCACAUCGGUGGUAACGACGACUUCCAUGCUGCUCACUCCGCAGGAAAGAUUCAAAAGUUAUUAGAGUAA